AUGAGGCCGAGAGCAGGCUCCACCGGGGCCCACCUCUGGGUGCCGCUGUGGCCCCUGCUGUGCGUCCUGGUCCUGGCCGGAGGCUCCACGCCGGGCCCCGAGGACGUCCGGAGCACCGCCGCCGUCGCCACCGCCGCCGCCGCGCCGCCCGAGGACGGGACCGGCACCACGGUCCAGCUGCAGCCGGGCCUGCAGACCGAAGCCCAGACGCAGACGGACGCACCGCCGGACGCCGAGACUCAGACCGCCACCGCAAACUACACAGGUCUGUCCUGCGUCGCCGUCCUCCCGCCACGUCGGGGUUCCUUCUACGUGGAGACGGGCACCGGCGUGUCGGUGGGCAGCGUGCUGGCCUUCUGGUGCCGCGAGGGAUACCAGCUGGUCGGCAGCGACAAAAUCUACUGCAACGUCAGGAACGGCAAGCCGCAGUGGAGCAACUACCUGCCCGUCUGUGAAGCGAUUCCCCGGCCGGAGGACCGCGGCCUGAGAGUGGCUGUCCUGGCUUCAGUGGUGAGCGGCAUCGUCAUCCUCGCCAUGUCGCUGUCCUUCCUCAUCUGCUGCCUGCAGGAGCGAUCCAGCCGCAACCGAGACCGAGCCAAGAGGGACGGACGCAGCAGGCGCAGGGAGAAGCGCUCGGCCCGGCGCAGCGAGUGCUGGUUGGAGCGGGAGGAGGGGGAGUGGGACUCCUUCCCUCCGCCGAAGAUCUUCCACCUGUCCCAGAGGAUGGACCCCCGCCUGGCGCCCGACAGCCCCCUCUACCUGACCGGAGGCCUCACGGGAUACGAGAACAGAGGCUACCAGAGGAGUCAGGAGAGUUUGCUGAAAGCCUCGCUUCCCGGACUCUACCGCUCCGAGUCUCAGCUGUACCCGCACGUCGUCCUGCAGAGGGUUCCCACUCCGACGGCGCCCUCCGCCCCUUCAGCGCCCUCCGCCCCGGUCUACCUCCACCUCCCCCCGUCCUCCUCCUCUGCCACCCCACCCGCCUCCAGCACAGCCACCGCCCCUCAGCCUCACAUCAUGCCCUCCUACCCCACCCCGACAUACCCGCCCAACCACAGUGGAGCUGCUCCCGCCUACCCGAACCCAACACCGGCGCCCAUUUACCCAAACCCCAACCCGACGCCGCAGCGGCCGUGGCAGUAACGCAGCCGUCCGCAUCACAAGACAAAAAGUAAUACAACUUACAGUGACAUCCGAAGAUCUACAGGACGGUUUUCCUUGAUGUUCUUAUGAUGUCACAACGCCAAGGUGCUGCUACUGAAGACGUCGAAAGGAACGUUUUACGAGUUUCAGUUUCGGGGACCCUGUGGCGCCAUCUAGAGGCACGUUUUGACGCCAUGUUCCGGAGAUGCAGAGUUAGCCAUGUUCUUAUUAAAGACCCUCUUCUCUCCCUCACAUGGCUGUGAAUAAGAUCAACAAUCUGCACUCCAUGUCCAAAAUCUUCCCGAUGUCUGACAAACGUCUUUGAGAGAGGCGAAGGGAAAGCCGCGAGGAGGUGGAGAAAAAGGAAAAUCCCGAUGUAGCCGGUGUAGAAGUUCCACUUUUUACUGCAUGCUUGCUGACUCUCCUCCGCACUUUGGCUUUGUCCCUACAAGGAACUCUUUUUGGAAAAUUGAGAGUUUUGCUUUCUUUUCAGCCGUUGGAAGCGAAACGAUCCGGUAGCUAGUUCCCUUGACUUCGCUGGACAGUUGCUGCACGCUUCCUCGGUCCCUGAAAGGAUUUCUUCAAAGAAAGUUUUCCUCGUGUUUGUUUUUGGGCGCCACAAAUGACAGGAAAAGGUCGGACACACUGCAGUUUUGCUUUAGGUAAUGCUAAUUUGCUUCAGUUGUGCAAAUGUAGAAUAAAUAUUUGGAAGAGGGCUUUGGCAAUAGCUGCUGAAGUUUGGGGGCGGCUCAGAAAUGUGGCUUUUUUAACGUUCUCUGUCUUCCUGCGGUCGGAAUAAUCUACUGUAGAUGUAAAACCCACAGAUGGAUUUUUUUUUUUCCUGUUAAGGUAGAGACUCACCCAAACCCCUGAACUCAGUGGGUCAGUUGUGUCUAAUGGGUAAAUUACUAUUUAACCUUAACCCGUUUGUACUGUGCAAUGCGUUUGACCAGAGCCAUGCUGUAUGUAAUGACAUUUAAGGGGAUGGCUUUUGCAUUUUACAGCUUCCCAUCCAAUGUCUUUGUGUUUUCCCAUGGUGCACUGGGAAAACAGAUUGGCGCUUGGGACCUGUGAUCAGAAGGAGCACUGUGAAUUAACGCUACUGUUGCUGCAAGCGUUGAACAGACCAGACAUUGUGUUGUAUAUAUGGGUUUUAACAGAGCGGCCGUUUCUUUCUCCCAGCACUUUUUAAACCCCUCCUUUCUUUCUCACAAAAAAAAAAAAAAAAAAUCAAACUUAAGUUUAUUUUUCUCUGUCUGCACUGCCAGAACUCAUUUUGUUACAUAAAUAUUUUAACCAAAGUUUGUGUUAUGGUUGGCAGUUUAUCUGGACAUCUGUGAAGUCCAAUAUUCAGCACCCUAGAUGGGUUUAGUAGCAUAAAGAGGAUUCACAACUGUAACACUGACCUGACAUCAGAGCUCAGUCAAACACUAAUUGCACAUAAUUGUUAAAUCUUAAAAUAAUAAUUGGUUUAAAUAUACUUUCUGGACUGGUGGGUGGCAUUUGCUGCAAUUCAGACAGUAGCUGUGUUUAUAUGGACCAUAAUAUUCCACUAAUAAUCAGAAUUUUAAAAAAGUCGCAACUUCAAACAGAAAAGACUGGCCUGACUGGAAGGAAUUCAAAGUGGUGGUGUUCAGUAAGAAAAUAUUAGCACCUAAUAACCACAGAAACACUUAAUGUGAUCAUUUCUCUCUGGUUGGAAUAAAUCUUUUCUUUCUGCACCUGUUUGCCCACAUGAGGGGAACAUCAGGUGACAGGACGAGUUUCCAGGAGGGACAGAAACACAACUGGCCUGUUGUCAGGAUUAAAUCUUUAAAGGACUGUUGAACGCCUCCGUGGUUGAAAGGCUGGAAACCACGAGUCGUUCAAACAGCAAAGCCGGAAUCCACCGAACCAUCGAGCAAAUCAAAAAGCUGCUGGAAAACUUUGAAGGCUGCCCGUUACAAGAAUAAAAGUCCAAACCAGCCAGACGGGUUUCAUUUUUACAGUCUGAUGGACGACCUGAUGGGGGCGCCACCACUGGCCAACAUCACUCAGCCUGUAUAAUAUUUGUAUUACAUUUAAAUUUCCAUCAGAUAAAAGGCUUUCCAACAAGAGGAGCCACUUUGUGCAGGUCAAAAAAGUUGCCUUGUCUUAUCGGAUCACUUUACUCAGUGUCCAUGUCAACAGUGAAGCUGGAAUCAGAAUGAAGAAAUAUCAUCCAUGUAACUGCAGCUACUGUCAGAUAAAAAGUUAAUUAUACAAAAGUAUGCAAAACUGAUUUUUCAACCCCACCCACCUGAUACUCUGUAAGCAGAUUAAAACAAACAAAAAGAAUUAUUUGGAAAUAGUCUCUGAUGAAGGUGUUUUGAAAUACACUGUGACUGGAUACAGUUUUCCCUCUCAGGUCUGUGGAUUGGUGAGGUGGAGAGACUCCACCUCACUGAAUCAGCAUUUUGAUCAUGUAAUGUAAAAAAAAAAAAAUGCUUAAAUUGAUUCAGACUCUGCUCCUGAACUCCUUGCAGCUCUUUGGCUGUGCAGCAGGUAAGGAAAUCCCUCCUAAUUCAAGGGGAAAAGCAAUUUAUCUUCACAAAACCUCAAACAAGCAACUAAAUCUCCCGCACUUUUUUUUUUUUUACAUUUGCUGGCAUCUUGAAUCAUAAACUGAAGGAAGAGCCCCUUCAUUGUUGUUCUUUUAGUGAAUUUACUUGCUAUCUUUGGGGCUUGUUUGUUUGAUUUUGGAGGUUUUGAAUAGGCACACUAAUAAAUCUGCACUUUAUGGACAUUUUUUUUUUCUUGGAGAAGUGAGGGCUAUGAUGGCAUGAACUGCCAGUCCUCUGUAUUUAUUUUCAAGUGUCUGUUGUACCCCAAGACUGCCAUAAAACCUGAAUAAAGAGAUUUUUGUUUAGC